CAGAAAACAACUGAAGUUCGUACCGACAGUUUCAUCAUCGGCACUGUCAUGUAGGUAGAACCCGUGCAUUGAGUCCAACGCUUAAAAAAAGCACACAAACCUGAAGGACAUUUAGGAAAUACGUUUGAACUAAUGUGUUCAUCUCAUAAGGGCUGGAUUUAAUAUUUCAGAGCUAGGGUUCAAUUUUGUUUCUGGGGUUCGUGGCUUUCGCCAUUGAAGGCCGGCCAUCUUCUGAUUGUAAAGUUCUUCAAUCCAUUACCGUCCCCAUCUUCACAUUCGCUGCGGCUGCUUAAAUUGCUCCCUGUCUUCAGAGAUUGUCGAGAUGGCAAGAGGCCCUGUGAAAAGACUCUUCUUUUAUCUGUGUUCAUCGUCGUCAUCAUGGAAAAGCUCACAUAGGUUCAGAUUCCUCUCAUCCUCAACCUGCUGCCACCGUGCCCAAUUCCCAGAACCAAUUAAAUUCCAAGAUUACCCCUCCGGCAAGCCCGGGUUGCUUCACCCGCCUCUGUUCUUUCGGACCCAUUCCCCACAUUUCACAAAGUUUGGAGCUUUAUGUUCUGGUGGGUACCCGUAUUCGACCAAGGUUGAAAAUGGCGGGUCUUGUUCAACUUCAAUGGAAUCCAUGGGUGAUGAACCUUGUUAUUUGGAAGCUGACAGCUUGAAAAGUGUGUCUGAGAAUUUACUUGAUUUUUCGGGUCGUGAUCCGGUAGAGAUUUAUGGAGAGCUAAGGGGUUCUAAGAAGAGCAUCAAGAAAACUAGAGCAAAUUGGGAUGCUUGUAAUGAGAUUUUCAGGAGCUUUGCUAAAUCCGGAUGGGCAUCAAAUCAAGCAUUGGCUAUUUAUAUUGGGGCUUCAUUUUUCCCCACUGCAGUUAUUAAGUUCAGUAAAUUCUUCUUCAUGAACUCUAACACUGACCUUGUCAAGUAUUUAGUAUCCCUUGGCCCUUCCCAUGAGUCCGAGAAAUUCUUGUUCCCAAUUUUUGUUGAAUUCUGCUUUGAGGAAUUCCCAGAUGAAAUCAAAAGAUUUAGGUCAAUGAUCGAGUCAGCAGAUCUAACAAAACCACACACUUGGUUCCCUUUUGCCAGGGCAAUGAAACGCAAGAUCAUAUAUCACUGUGGGCCCACCAACAGCGGAAAAACGUACAAUGCAUUGCAGAGAUUCAUGGAAGCAAAGAAGGGAAUAUAUUGUAGUCCACUGAGGUUGUUAGCCAUGGAGGUUUUUGACAAGGUUAACUCUUUAGGGGUUUACUGUAGCCUUAUGACCGGACAAGAGAAGAAAUCUGUACCCUUCUCUAAUCAUGUCGCUUGUACGGUUGAAAUGGUUUCUACAGAUGAGUUAUAUGAUGUGGCUGUUAUUGAUGAGAUUCAAAUGAUGUCUGAUCCUUGUAGGGGAUAUGCCUGGACACGGGCUUUGCUUGGGGUAAAGGCCGAUGAGAUACAUUUAUGCGGCGAUCCGAGUGUUUUGAGCAUUGUUAGGAAAAUAUGUCGCGAGACUGGAGAUGAUUUGGUGGAGAAAAAUUACGACCGGUUCAAGCCAUUAGUGGUUGAAGCAAAGACUCUCAUGGGUGAUUUGAAAAACGUGAGAUCUGGAGAUUGUGUUGUUGCUUUUUCACGAAGAGAGAUAUUUGAAGUCAAACUGGCAAUUGAGAAGCUCACGGAACACCGUUGUUGUGUUAUUUACGGAGCUUUGCCGCCUGAAACCAGGCGGCAUCAGGCGGCAUUGUUUAAUGACCCAGAGAACGAAUACGAUGUUCUGAUAUGGAUGCUUAGUCAUAUGGAUCGUAAAUUAUAGGAAUCACUGAUAUUCCCAUUUUAUUUCUAACAGUUUUAAUUCAACUGGUAAUUGCAUGGGAAAUACCUUUUCUCGAAUUUUGGAUGACAAUGAGUUCUAUCCCUAGAAGCAAUCUCGGUUUUAUGCCAUAUGACCUAGGUGUAGCCGUACCUGCCUUAAUAAAUGUGGGUAAAAAGU